GCUGGAAGCACGGAGUGGAGUUUGCAGCAAUAAAAUUUGCCUUGCACUCGGAAACCGUCUGCCUUAUCCUUGCUCGCAGCUCGUUAUGAUUUUAUUCAGUAACAGGCUUGAAGCGCUUGGAACGGAUGAUCGAGGUGGAAUGAUUCAAGCAAGAGAUCGUCAUGGGCGCUGAAGAAGCUGAAAUAUGGGUGCACGUCUCGGCGCCCAGCGGCACGCGAGAUGAUGCAUUAUACAGAAGCCAAGCCAAGAGCUAUCUGGAAUUCGAAACGGCGGAAAGCGUAAGCUUGGGCAGCCUGAAAUUCAGCUAUCCAGGGACGGCCACAUUGCAAAAUGGUCACAAAAAUGUCGAUCCAUAUGCUUCUGCGAAGGAAGGAAUCGAAAGUACAGAAAUACAAGACCAUCCUACUGCCGACUAUCAAGUUGCUCAACGUCCCACUCCCACGGCUGGAACCAAGACCAAAGAUUCACAGGCCCAAAGAUCAUCUGAAGAACAAUCCUUUCGAGACGGUCAGUGCCCGCCACUUACAUCAACGCAGUCUGCUCCUACUUCUGCAGAAGAGGAUGGAACUUUUGACGGUGAGGGUUAUAGUCGAAUCCUCCUUGAAGUGGAACAUCACCGCCAGGCACAGCUUCAAACGGCCCAAGCAACUCCCCAGAAGGACCAGACCGCCCCAGUCGAAAAGGACUCGACCGUGUACACAACCCCUUCUGCAUUCCUAGAUGCAGAUAAUGAGGUUCAGACGGGCGCAAGAUCCUCGUUACUAACAGACGAUCAACAUCCUCAACGUGACUCAUGGGAUACGCCACCAAGCGUAGUCGCAAACUCUCAACCGUCUCCCGUGCCGACGUAUCCUUUUCUUACAACAACAGAUUCAUCUCCUCCAUGGGGCUCAUUACCGCAAUCACCGCUUCUGAAAAUAUCAAAUAAAAGGCGCAAACUAUUCUCCCCAGGAAUGUCGAGUUCCCAGACACGGAACGCAUCUCAAUCAAUUCAAACCUCGCAAGCCGAUCAAUUUUCAGUAUCCUCACAAGCUUUCAGACCUUCCCAGGGACCGAUAUUACCUUCGUCUCAGGUCCCUAGAGUUUCGUAUACACAAGUAUAUUCGUCGCAACCAGAGUGUACAUCUUCAACAUCUUCGGGAACAAGGGACGAGAUCAGAUCAUUCCAGUCAUACCCUGUAUCUGCGUCCUCUCAAGGCUCGGUUCCCUAUAUAUCCCAGGUUUCCAGCUCCUCUGCUCCUCGACAUCCUUCUCCUCAAGAUCAAAUAGCCCCAAUUUCUUCUCUUCCACCAGACAGUCCAACCCAACCAAUCACUCAACGAAUACACUCACAUCCUGACGCGUUUCCGCUAGAGGCACCAGCAACAUCUUCUGCACCAUCUCUCCAGCAACCUCGUGACGAUGUGGGACCCCGAGAUCUACAUAAUUCUACCAUAUCUCUAGCUCCAUUUUCACUACCCUCUUCUCCUCCUCCUAUUCCUAGCUCCCAACAAUCACAACAGCACACUCCUCACCAACUGCCCCCGCACAGUUCCCACCGUCAAACUCCUUCCUAUCCAUCCAGCCCAUUCAUACUUCAAUCCACGCCUCCUAAUCUCGAAUUUACUGUAACGCCUUUCCAGACCCCUACCCCUGACCCCACACUUACGACCGAUCCUCAUGCUUUCCAGCUUUCCCAAGCAUCUUUUCAAUCCUUCCAAUCAUCCCCAGGCAUCAUCCCACCUUCCACAUCCUCCUGCGAAAUCCAUCCUCCGCCCCCUCCUACAUCCAUCACCGACAAGCCUCCAGCCGCACACAUCACCCCCUCUCUCGCUCUGCUUGUCGAUAAACUCGACCUGCCCAAACGCUUCAAACCCGUCCGCGUCGCGCGCAGCAUCCGGCCCAACGAGCGCGGAUACUGGCGUAUAUGUACUUCUCCGUGGUCCCAGGACGUGCAGGACGCGUUUUGGGCAUUUCUAGAAGACCUCGUGGGCACUGGACGAGCCGGAUGGGGCGUGUGGUGCUGGCGGGGUACCGUCGAUGUGGAUGCGGAUACUGAUGCUGGCCCAGGUGCUGCGUCGCAGCACGCAGCAUCUCAAGCAUCCAUCGCCCAUCACCAUCAUCGUCAGGCAAGUCAACAGAACAUUGUCAAAAUAUACUGCUGGGGCGAAAUCAUCCCGCACAUCUACCUCGUCGCGUAUCUCGCCAGUCAGCGCCGCAUUGUUCCCCGGUCUGCCAAAUUGGCAAACUUGCACAACUUGUCAUUGUCGGGUUCCUUAGGAUUGUCAGGAUUGCCAGAGCCCCUGAUCGACGAUACCACAUCUAUCAAUGCCCCUCCGCAACAACCUCCACUACCGUCACCCUCACCGCCCGUGCCGGUCUGGAUCGACGCAAAGGGCGAAACCAUUGUGCAAAUGUAUUGAACCUCUCUUCGUCUUCCCUUUUUUUUUUUUUCCUUUUUGUCUUUCGCCUUUAUUUUUCGUUUUCUCUUUCU